AUUAAAUAAUUAUUAUUUUCUCAUUUUUAUUUCCCCCGAUUUGACAGUAAUCACAAAUACAGAGAAUCUCGAUUUGUCUGUUGAUAGUCCCUUUGGCUUAGACUUCAGCGCUAUACCGGAUUUUAAUAAUAUUUUGGAAUUGGCGCCAGAUUAUGCCACAAAAAUGGAUGAUGCGACGGCUGAUGUUAUUCUACGGGAUAUAUUGAACAAACCUGAUUAUUGUCACAACACAUCUAUACAGAACAGCAAUGUUGUUGAUGAGCAACCGUUUUUCCCACACGCGACAGGGGGUCGUGCUAAAACAUUCGAAUAUAAAGCAGGUAUUACAGAUGAGGCUGUAGCAAUGCGUUAUGCGCCGACGAUACCAUCAGGAUGUGAUUCAGUAGCGCAAAUACACCGUCUUAGUACAAGCGGGAAAAUAUCAAAACGCACAACCGCCGCUGAAACGGAAAGCCAUCAAUUCGCAGCAGCAGAUGAUGCUGUAGCAAGACGCUAUGCUCCUUUGAUACCAACAGUCAGUGAUACAUGCUCGCAGAUACACAGGCCUAGUACAAGCGGGAAAAUAUCAAAACGCACAACCGCCGCUGAAGCGGAGAACCAUCAAUUCGUAACGCCGGCAAUUGUACAUAAGAACGUUGCUAGGUCAUCAGUUAUGGCUGUGCAUAACGGCUGUAUCGUACCGAACAAACGAAAGCCGGCUCGACCAAGAACGAAUGAGAGAAGUCAUAAUUCAACAUUUACAGAUCUGAAAAGAAAAUUGUCAUAUUCCGAAAAUGAUAAGCCACAACGGAGAAGGAUCGCGUUACAAACUGUAUCAUGCAUGGACCCAGUAACAGAGAUACCCCAGAGAGAUGUCCCCGUCCUCUGUAUUCCCAGGAUUGUACAGAGUAGAAUCACAGGAUCCCACAGGAGGAUCAGGCACAACGUCUGUCUGAUAUUAAAAUACAAGGUACAGAGGUAGAAGAAGAGACAUAUGUGACUGAUAUAAAGGCAGAAGAUAUAGAGGAAGAAGAAGAGACGUAUGUGACUGAUAUAAAGGCAGAAGAUAUAGAGGGAGAAGAAGAGACGUAUGUGACUGAUAUAAAGGUAGAAGAUAUAGAGGAAGAAGAAGAGACGUAUGUGACUGAUAUAAAGGCAGAAGAUAUAGAGGGAGAAGAAGAGACGUAUGUGACUGAUAUAAAGGCAGAAGAUAUAGAGGAAGAAGAAGAGACGUAUGUGACUGAUAUAAAGGCAGAAGAUAUAGAGGGAGAAGAAGAGAUGUAUAUGACUGAUAUAAAGGCAGAAAAUAUAGAGGAAGAAGAAGAGACGUAUGUGAGGGGUGAUCAGCAGUGUAAGGAGGAGGAGAUUCCUACAGAUAUCAGCACAGAUGGACACACAAGCAGGAAUAUCUCAGAAGGACAUCUAAUGUUAUCCCCGGAUUGUGACAUAAGAGAUAAUGACAGUAGACAGGAUUCUCCAGGAGAUAACCCCAUUACCCCAAUUAUAUAUCCAGCUCUAUCAGCUGAUCCCCCUGAUCCUGGGAAAUGUUCUCCUGAUCACUCUGAUAUUGGUGUAUCUGUUACAGCUCUGAGAGUAGAUACAGUGUUUCCGUGUUCUAUAGAUGCCAAAUGUUUUACACAGAACACAAAGCUUAUUACCCAUCAUCCAGCUAAGGCAGGUGAGAGGCCAUUUCCAUGUUCUGAGUGUGGGAAAUGUUUUACAAAGAAAUCAGCUCUUGUUACACAUCACAGAAGUCACACAGGUGAGAAGCCGUUUUCCUGUUCUGAGUGUGGGAAAUGUUUUACACAGAAAUCAGCUCUUGUUACACAUCAGAGAAGUCACACAGGUGUGAAGCCGUUUUCCUGUUCUGAGUGUGGGAAAUGUUUUGCAUUGAAAUCAGUUCUUGUUAAACAUCAGAAUAGUCACUCAGGUGAGAAGCCGUUUUCCUGUUAUGAGUGUGGGAAAUGUUUUGCACGGAAAUCACAUCUUGUUAUACAUCAGAGAAGUCACACAGGUGAGAAGCCGUUUUCCUGUUCUGAGUGUGGGAAAUGUUUUGCACGCAACUCAAAUCUUGCUACACAUCAGAGAAGUCACACAGGUGAGAAGCCGUUUUCCUGUUCUGAGUGUGGGAAAUGUUUUGCACGCAACUCAAAUCUUGCUACACAUCAGAGAAAUCACACAGGUGAGAAGCCGUUUUCCUGUUCUGAGUGUGGGAAAUGUUUUGCAUGGAAAUCAGAUCUUGUUACACAUCAGAGAAGUCACACAGGUGAGAAGCCGUUUUCCUGUUCUGAGUGUGGGAAAUGUUUUACAAAGAAAUCAGCUCUUGUUACACAUCAGAGAAGUCACACAGGUGAGAAGCCGUUUUCCUGUUCUGAGUGUGGGAAAUGUUUUACAAAGAAAUCAGCUCUUGUUACACAUCAGAGAAGUCACACAGGUGAGAAGCCGUUUUCCUGUUCUGAGUGUGGGAAAUGUUUUACAAAGAAAUCAGCUCUUGUUACACAUCAGAGAAGUCACACAGGUGAGAAGCCGUUUUCCUGUUCUGAGUGUGGGAAAUGUUUUACAAAGAAAUCAGCUCUUGUUACACAUCAGAGAAGUCACACAGGUGUGAAGCCGUUUUCCUGUUCUGAGUGUGGGAAAUGUUUCGCAUUUAAAUCAGUUCUUGUUAAACAUCAGAGAAGUCACACAGGUGAGAAGCCGUUUUCCUGUUCUGAGUGUGGGAAAUGGUUUACACAGAAAUCAUCUCUUGUUACACAUCAGAGAAGUCACACAGGUGAGAAGCCGUUUUCCUGUUCUGAGUGUGGGAAAUGGUUUACACAGAAAUCAUCUCUUGUUACACAUCAGAGAAGUCACACAGGUGAGAAGCCGUUUUCAUGCUGUGAGAGAAAUAAAUCCGCUCUUGUUGAACACAUUAGACAUUACCCAAGUACGGAACCAUUUAAAUCUUCUGGAGUAUAAUUAUCACUGUCAUGCAAUGUUCCUCAAGGGUGAAUCCUAUUUCCUAUGCUUUAUAAAAUAUACAUGCUAGCACUGGGUGAUAUAAUCAGACGUCAUGGCCUGGUCUACCACUGCUAUGCAGAUGACCUGCUUUUUGCUCCAUGUACUGAGAACCUAAUACCAAUAAAUGGUUGUCUAGCUGAGCGCCAGGGGUGGAUGAUGCCAGUUGGCUGUGACUCAGUCUUUGUGAAACAUAAUAGAAGCUCCCCAAUAAAGGACAAGACUUUACCAACCAUCUGGAUUUAUGCUUUGGUGUUCAGAAUCGCAAAAUACUGAACGUGUGCUGAAUCUUUGUGUUGUCCUAGUAUGUGGCUGACACAGACAUCAGGUAUCUGCCACAUACUAAUCCUCAUUCUUCCAUCUGUGGACCAUAGCCAGAAUCAAACACUUGAUUCCCUCGGAAGUUCAUAGACUACUGCAAUGCCAUCUACCUGGGUCACCCAGCAAAAUAAUUACAGAGCUUGCAGAUAGUACAUAAUGCAGCAGCCAAGCUGUUACCUAACCAGCCCGUUCCUGCCACAUAACACCCAUUCUCUGCUCCCUUCACCGGCUGCCUGUAAGAUGACAAAUCUAUUUCAUAAUUGGCUAACUGACCUUCCCAGCCCAACAUUACAUGGUCCAAGGUGCUAGAAGCAGCUUCUGCCUCCUUACUGCCCUGCUUGCUUGCUUCUACAGAUGAAGGACUGUUACCAGCAGUACCAAGAAUCUCCUGUCAUUCAUUUAAGGGUCAAAUUUUUAACUUUGCAGCCCUUACCAUGGAACGUACUGCCUUGCACAGUCCAAGAGACCACCACUCUAGAGAACGUCACAAAUAGACUGAUGACUGCUACUCACGCUUUUCAUUAAUGUACCUCUAUUUACUUCCUAAAUAAUACAUCCUAAAUGCUUAGGUCUUUUUUCUGCUGUUUAUUUUGUGUCUUGUGCUUUGUGUAAAUGUGAAUGUCUAAUACCAGUUUGCACAAUCUGUAUUGCUACACGACAAUAUGGCGGCCAUUGGAACGUGUUUUCACUUCUAGUUUGCCUAACUUGUUGCAGACACUCAUCUUGAUCAGGAGUGCUGAGUGUUUUCUGAUACAAGAUCCUAUCCAUAUAUACCCUGUACAUUACCAUGUGCAUUAGAGUCACCCGGGUUCCAUCUGCGGUGGUUUGUUGUAUGUUACAUCUAUAUGGUGCGGAUACUCCUAUGUAUGAUUUCAUAAUAAAAGCUUUUGUUUGCAUCUAA